UUUCACAAAUCUUUGAGGGUGCGAAGGUGAACAUAUCUACUGGUAAAUACACACCAACAGAUAUGGAGAGCAAGCUGAUGUUUUUGGUGGUUUGUGUGAUUGGUUGUGCAGUGUCUUGCAUAAAGGCUGACGGGCACCUAUCAACGCCAACAAAUUUAACUUCCAACAUCACCCGCAAUGAGUGUGGAAAAACCAAACUGUGUUUGGACAACCCUAAAGGAUGUGAUCCUUCAGGCAGCUCUCAGUGUUUCUUCACCUCAGUACAGAUUAUCUUAACUACCUUCAACCUGACGGUUGAGCUCAGUGGCAACUCCAUCGGUUACAUUGCUUUAGCAGCUGGAGUGACAUCUAGUGUGGCUCAGGGCCUCAAUAUCAUCUUUGUCUGUGGCAAUAAUAAUGGCAGGUUCUUCUUCCGGACUGCAACACUCUUUAAUAAUACACUGCUGACAACAAAUGUACCCAAUGUAAACAAUAUCCAGGGUUCAAUACAACCAAGCUUGAUUCAGUGUGUUUUCAGCAUCCCCAUUGAUACAAACACCCUUAACUUCCUAAGCAAUGUCAAUGCCACAAAUGUCAACAUUAGCAACAUUGCUAAUUCCCAGCUGAAUGUUUUCCUUGACAUGUUGCAGGGUUCAACCAAUGGAACUGUUCUGGGAGAACCAAAAAGUGUAUUUGGGUCCUCUGUUCCAGUGGAUCUAGCUAAUGUCAACUCCACUAAUGUUGUUGACCCCAUAGCUAAUUCAAAAGACAGCAUCUCACUCAACAGCCUACUGAGUCAUGCUGCAAUUUGCCUUCUCAGUAUCUUCUUGCAUCUGAUCUCAGGGUCCUGAGAGAGAGAUCUGAAGACUAACCAUGCUGUGGAUGGAGUAGUAUAGAUUUGCACUAGAAUCAGCAUGUUUUCCUAAAGUAUUCAUACCUCCACUGGUGUCUUUCUUUAUUUGAUUCUUAGAUUAUUCACAAACAUAUAGGAAACCCAUGUAUGUUUGACAUAUACAGGGUGUUGGACACAUAUAUAAAGCUUAUAUAUAAACAUACACAUAUAUAAAGCCCAAUCACGCACACACACACACACACACGCACGCACGCACGCACGCACGCACGCACGCACACGCACGCACGCACGCACGCACACACACACACACACACACACAUAAUCUUUUACAUUAUACUGACAGUGGAAAUGAUCCUGAAAACUUUUUGAAGUUACAUUAAAAGCUUAUUAACAAAAAUAAUAACAUUAAAAUACAGUGUUAUUUUUUUUUUUCUUUCUGGGGUGAUAUUAUCUAUUACAUACACACUGAAUAAUAUCUUCACUGCUCAUUUUGCAUGAACACCAUUUUAAGAAUCUCUGUCUACCACAAAACAAUAUAUGUGGCAGAACUAAUUGAGAGUGGUGUUUUAGAUUCUAACGAUAUUAAUAAGUAGUAAUAAAUAAAUUAUAAAUAAUUAUUCUGGAAGAUCUCUUAGACUGAACAUUUAAAAACAAAAUGAUAAAUAAAAUAGAUUACAAUUAGAUUAUGAUAAAUUUACAACUAUCCUUCCAAGUGUGAUAAACUGUUACACUGAUAAAGAUGCAGUGUCUCAUGAUUUCUCUGCUGUACAUAAAACCUUUCAGUUAUAGUAACCUCACCUCACUCUCUCUGAAACAAAUCUUCUUUUUACACCUCAUCCAGUGAAGAGAGGUUUUGUGAGAUAUCACUACAAUUUGUCUAAAUGAGCUUAUAAGCCAGAAAGCCUACAAUUCCUUCUCUAAUUGACAUGAUGACACGAGAGAGAACAAGUGGCAAAUGGAAAAUAAAGACUGUGAUUGAUGGCCUGUGAA